AUGCCUGGCCACCACGAGCUGUCUAGCCACGAAGAGAUGCCUGGUCACUAUGAGAUGUCUGGCCACCAAGAUCUAUCCGACGACCUUCAGAAGCUCAAAGCCGAUCAUGAUAACGCGAUAGGAGACUACUCAGCGAUUCAUGAUCAUCCUGACACGAAAGACGAUGAACGCCAGCCUCUUGUUCAUCACCACAGCAAAAUCAUCGUCCAUUUGGCGAGAGAUCUCCGCACCCAGCAACCCGACGAUGUACAUGUGAAUGAUAUCUUCACCAUGUUCGCGCCGUCUGUCAAUAACCAAUUCCACGGUCAGGCGCACACCGAUAUCGCCGAGCAUACACCUCGAAUGCAUGAAAAGAUCCCAGAAGAAGAUCUCAGUUACCUGCUAGGUGAGCUCCGUCAGCAUAAUCCUCAGCAAGAUGAGUAUGGUGAUGCGGGAGAAGGCGGUGACAGUGACAACAUGGAGCACCAUCAAGAUCACGGCGAUCAGUACGAUCGACACGAUCAGCACGAGCACGACGCAGACCAACCUACUUUUGAAGACUAUGGCGACGGCGGGGACUUGGGCUAUGACAAAGACAGCUAUGGCCAGGCCGACGAUUACGGCGGAAGCGGGGCGGCGGAUCAUUAUCAUUCUCAUCAGGACUGGAGUGGCCACGACGGAGGUAAUGAUAUUGAUCAUCACGGUCAUGGUCAUGGUCAUGAGGAGUAUCCAGAUGGCAGUAACGGCCCCUGCGAUGAUUCUUAA